GGGGUGGGGGGAAAGACUAUUUACUUCCUCUCUUCAAGUGAGCUGCGUCCCUUAAGGGCUCAGUGUAUCUGCGGUGACUCCUUCGCUCUGAUGUGGCAGCAUGUGGCAGCUACUGCCCUCAACGGCUCUGCUGCUUCUAGUUUCUGCCGGCGCGCAAGCUGCAGACCUCCCAAAGGCUGUGGUGGUCCUGGAACCUCCAUGGAAUAGGGUACUCACGUUGGACACUGUGACUCUGAAGUGCCAGGGGGCCCAGUCCCCUGGGGACAAUUCCACCCAGUGGCUGCACAAUGGGACCCUCAUCUCACGUCAGACCAGCUACUUCAUCAAAGCCGCCAGCGUUGAAAACAGUGGCGAGUACAGGUGCCGGACGGACCUCUCCGAACUCAGUGACCCCGUGCAGCUAGAAGUCCACGUGGGCUGGCUGCUGCUCCAGGCCCCUCGGUGGGUGUUCCAGGAGGGGGAGCCCCUGCAGCUGACCUGCCACAGCUGGCAGAACAGGCCCAUACGGAACGUCCAAUUUUUCCAGAACGGAAGAAGCAGGAAGUUUUCUUAUACAGAUUCUGAGUUCCACAUUCCAGCAGCAGCAAGCAAACACAGCGGCUCCUACUUCUGCAGGGGGCUUAUCGGGAAGAAAAACGAGUCUUCAGAGGCUGUGGACAUCAUCAUUCAAGGUCCAGCAGUUCCAUCCACCUCAACAUUCCUUCUACAUUGGCCCCAAAUCCCUUUCUCCCUGGUGAUGGCACUUCUAUUUGCAGUGGACACGGGGCUGUAUUUUGCCGUGCAGAGAGACCUUCAUAGCUCAAUGGGGGCCUGGAAAAACAGCAAAGUCUCCUGGAGCCAGGGCCCUUAGGACAAAUGGGGGUAGUAAAAGCAGCAUCUCUGAGCCUCUUUCUGGAUUCACAGCCCCAUCAUCCCCAACAGGCAGCUCUGGGAGCAGCAGGAAAACCACACCUCAGGAUCUAGGCUGGGGGUCCUCCACUCAACUCCAUUUCUCUUGGUCUCUGCUGGAAAGGAAGGCUCUGUGAUCUCUAGGGGCCACCCAUGAAACCCCAGUGAGUAGACACAGUACUCAGAAUUGAAGUCUCAGGGCUACCCAGAUACUUUCUCUGCCCAGCUGUCUGUCACAGCAAAACCACAAUGCAAUCUCUGGAUGGUGACCCAAUGUAUGAACUUGUUCUUAAAUACCAGGAUAAGUAGAUAAGAGAAUUAUGGCCGAGGGCGAGCUGCAUAGUGGUCUACACCUGUUGCUGCAGGGCUGGUUGCCUUUCAGGCACCCUAAAACCCCUUCUAGACAGAUUGUGGGGGGUGUUGAGGGUCUAGAGGAGACAGCAGAACCAGUGAGGGGGGUGGCUGAGAGAGAAAAAGGCAGUCCAGGAUGGACCAGGGGCGACCCCUGCCUGGGCUGUCUUCCUAGAACGUGAGUGGUGGUGUAGGUCACAGAAGAAUCACAGGGGUGAUGUAGAAUUGGUUUUUCGGGGGAGCCCCUGUCAGACCUGGGAUGUGUGUGAGUAUUUAAUGAUGAAUGCUCUUGAGGUCAUGAGUAGCAAAUGUUCCCAGAAGGCAGUUGGGUAUUGGAGGGUCUUGGAAAAGAAAACACAGAACAAACUCUCCGUCCGUAGGAAGGGAACCACAUUGCUGGCCCAGAUUAAGCUUAGCGAACAGAGAUCUCUCUGGGUCCGAACUGAGAAAGCAUGACAGGGAAGAGUCAACGACAGCUGCUCGGGAGGCAAUGGGCAGGAGGUGAGGACAUUUGUAGGCCAGGAUAGCAGGCAUCAGAGAGAGGAGAUGCAGGGACUAUCGCCAGCUUUCUGCUUCAGUAUUUAAUACAGCUCCGGCUCCAGCUUCACAUCCUUCAUCCAACAAAUGCUGGAUGAACGAUACUAAAUGUGCUCGACUCUGCUGAGUUAAACCGGGAACAUUUGAAAUCCCUUGGCCUGUCAGUGACGAUGGAGUGGGGGUCGGGUCACGAGCGUUGCUUAUGGAAGAAAGCUUAGCUGUCUCUUUCUGUAUUGGAAGCUUUAAACAGAACAUUUCUUGAUUCCAAUAAAGCAUUGAACAAGA